AUGAGUAACAGUUUAGAGGAACGACUAAAAGAACACUCAUCUGCUUUUGAUGGGUUGUUAUCCUUGAUACCAGCCAAAUAUUUUUAUGAUGAUGCCACUCAAGACCAAUGGCAGCAGAAAAAGAAGGGUAAGGAAGAAUUGAAGCAGAACAAAAGAGCAAAGUUCAAUCCUGAAUCCAAAAAUAAUGCGGAUGAGCUUGUGAACUCACAUGCGAGUGCUAGAGAUGUAAUGGAGAAUAACUCUAGGCGUGCACUUGAAGAACAAAGCGUGAAUAAGCAUGAGUUGGACGUGAAGCUGAAACUGAAAACUGAUGACGGUGAUGGUGAUGGUGAUGGUAAGAAGAAUGUGCAGAGUGGUGCGGGUACAGGUGCGGGUGUGGGUACGGAUAAUUUGCCAAUAUCGGAGUCCACUAUGAACGGUGGGGUGAAGAAGGAGGAGGAAAAUGAUGAUGGCGAUAUACUAAUGAACGAUGAUGAUAAUCAUUUGAUAUUUGACGAUGACGGGAACGAAAUAGAGAACGGGUCAUUUCUUAAGGAGCUGAUACGAAAUAACAACAAUACAAAGAAGCCCAAAGCACGAGCAUUAUCUCCUGAAGAGCGAAAGGAGAAAGAGGAAAAGCUUGCAAAGUUGAGGGAAAAAUUAGAAACCAAAAUCAGUAAUCUAAGAGAUAAAAGAAAAGCAAUAGGGUCAAAGGCACAAGGAGCACCUCAAUCUCGUGAACAGAUUUUGGCCGAGAGGAAGAGAAGGGUUGAAUUGUCGAAGCAACAGAAACGGAAACAUUCUGAAUUAGAAGAAGAAGAAGAAGAAAACAACGAGGAUGAGGAGGAAGAACUUUCCGAAUUUGAUAAUUCCGACAUGGAAGAUACUGGAGGUGAACAUACAGACAAGUCUGUGAUUUUUGGAAACAUUGCAUUCCAAGAUGGGUCCCAGGUGACAUCUGAUUUGACUAGGUUACGUAAGUCUGCGGAUAAAAGAAAACAAAAGGGACCAGCAAAUAAUGACAUCAAGGCCCAUUUGAAAAAGAUUGAGAAAAAGAAACAAAAACUAGCAUCAAUGACUUUGGAAGACCAGGAAAAGCAGAAUCAAAAGGAUAAAUGGCAAAAAGUGAUAUCACAAGCCGAGGGCGUGAAGGUAAAAGAUGAUGAGAAAUUGUUAAAGAAAGCCUUGAAAAGGAAAGAAAAGAAGAAAUUGAAAAGCGAAAUCGAAUGGAGAGAAAGAAAACAAAUUGUCAAGGAUACAGUUGCAGCUAGGGCUAAAAGAAGGGAAGAAAAUUUGAAAGCUAGAAAAGAUAGUAAACGUGUAAAAGGUAGUAAGAAGAAAUCUCAGCAACCUAAAUUGAGAAAAUUUACAGGUGUGGGAACCAAUGGCUUUCAACUUUUGAAUCAUUUUGAAAAACAAACAGGUUUACCAAGAUCAUAUGCUGUUUUGGCCUUUGUUGGAUUUUAUUUUGUUUUAAUCUUUUUGAAUUUUGGUGGAAUUGGGCAAUUAUUGUCAAAUAUUGCUGGGUUUGUUGUACCAGGUUAUUACUCGAUUUUGGCAUUACAGACCGCUACGUCAAAGGAUGACACUCAAAUUUUGACAUAUUGGGUAGUCUUUGCAUUUUUGAAUGUUAUUGAGUUUUGGUCAAAGGCUAUUUUGUAUUGGAUUCCAUUUUAUUAUUUGUUCAAAACAAUCUUUUUGUUGUACAUUGGUAUUCCAGCUACUGGAGGUGCUGAAACGAUUUACAAUACCGUUAUUAAGCCAAUUGCUAAUCAAUAUGUUCGUCCAAUUGACACCAAUGUGACUACUAAUGCCAAUGCUCCUCACAGCUAUGCGGAUACGAUCCAUGACACUGCUGAAGGUGUUUCAACAUCAGUUCACAUCUAA